AUGAUCGCUACGAUAUUUCCUCUUCUUCUGGCCGCAAGCUCUGUUGCCGGCUCUCCGCUAUCGCGCCGGGCCGCCGAUGGCUUGAACACACGGGCCGUUGCUGCUGGAAAGCUUUACUUUGGCAGCGCUACCGACAACCCGGAAUUAUCAGACGCUGCCUAUUUGGCCGGGCUUAGCAAUACGGCCGACUUUGGACAGAUCACGGUGGGCAAUACCAUGAAGUGGGAUACUAUUGAGCCAUCCAGGGGGACGUUCUCGUUCACCAAAGGCGACGAGGUUGCUGCGCUGGCCGAGAAGAAUGGGCAAUUGCUCAGAUGCCACACGCUGGUCUGGCAUUCUCAACUUCCAAGCUGGGUGUCGAACGGCAACUUCGAUAACGCAACUCUAGUCGAGAUAAUGAAGAACCACAUCACGAAGGAAGUGACCCACUACAAGGGUAAAUGUCUCCAUUGGGACGUUGUCAACGAGGCUCUCAACGAAGACGGAACCUACCGCACUAGCGUCUUCUACAACACCAUCGGCGAGGCCUACAUCCCCAUUGCCUUUGCUGCAGCUGCAGCAGCCGAUCCAGACGCAAAGCUCUACUAUAAUGACUACAAUACCGAUACAGCAGGAAGCAAAUCGACCGGAGCGCAGAGAAUCGUCAAGCUCAUCCAGAGCUACGGCGCAAGGAUCGACGGCGUAGGAAUGCAAGCCCACCUCAUCGUCGGCUCGUCUCCCUCAGUCAAUGCCUGGACGCAGAAUAUGAACGCUUUCACAGCCCUUGGCGUCGAAGUUGCCCUCACCGAGCUCGAUAUCCGGACGACCACACCGGCAGCGACUUCCGCCGUAGCGCAGCAAGCCAAAGACUAUGCCAACGCGGUUGGUGGCUGCAAAGCCGUGGAGAAGUGCGUUGGCAUCACGAUCUGGGACUACACGGAUAAGUAUUCCUGGAUACCGAGCGUCUUCAGUGGCCAAGGCGCUGCUCUUCCUUGGGAUGAGAACCUCAAGAAGAAGGAAUCCGUCUACAACGCCAUUCUCGAAGCUUGGGGUCCUUGCCCUGAUGGAGUUGAUUGCGCUCCUACUUCUCCUGAGCCGACUGAGCCUACACCGACGUCUGGAGCUGGAAUGGCGAAGAAGUGGGAGCAGUGCGGUGGGAAUAACUAUAUUGGGCCUACGCAGUGUGAGAGCGGGAGUACGUGCACGUGGUACAAUGACUGGUACUCGCAGUGCGUGUAG